UGUACGAAAAGGAAAUGCUACUUAUUUCCCAUUAACUUAGACUAUUCCUUAUUAAAAAACAAAAUUUUAUUUCGGUGGCAGUUUAGAAGAUUUGUAAGAAGAAAAGUCUAGAUCCACCAUUUUCAGAACCAGAAAGGAGAUGGUCCGGUGGCCUUGUUUCGUUUCCUUCUUUUUAACCCUCCUUUUAUUCUGGCAAACCCUUGAAGCUUCUCCAUGCCCCAUCAAUGGGUUUCCUCUGGUAAGGAACAUUAGCGAGCUUCCACAGGGUAGCUAUGGAAUUAAAGGUUUAUCCCAUACAACUCUUGUAGGUUCUGUCUUGCAUGGGAUGAAAGAAAUCGAGAUAUGGCUUGAAACAUUUUCGCCAGGAGCACGCACGCCAAUCCACAGGCAUGCUUGUGAAGAAGUUUUUGUUGUCCUCAGAGGGAGUGGCACUCUGUUUCUUGCCUCACCUUCAGAUGAAAACAAGUCCCCCGGAAAGCCAAAAGAGUAUUUUAUCUUUCCAAACAGCACAUAUCAUAUCCCUGUCGAUGAUGUUCACCAGGUAUGCAAUACAAAUGAACAUGAGGAUUUGCAAGUUCUUGUAAUAAUAUCUCGCCCUCCUAUGAAAGCGUUUGUGUAUGAGGACUGGUCCAUGCCUCAUUCCGCAGCAAGGUUGCUGUUUCCCAUGCCUUGGGAUGAACAAUGUCGUCAAUCACCGCAGAAAGAUAAGCUUUAAUGUUUAAGCCACCCCUUCAGACUCUUGUAUUGAACGGCCUUCCCGCUUGGGGCCAUUAAUUCUGUGGCUGGACUUUUACAUGUUCUAAGUCUGCAAACUACUCAAAAAUGAAUCUGCAAACCAUUAUAUUGGUGGUCGAAGUAGAAGCUUAGAUCUUUAUAUUUUGCUUUGAAUUUCAAUGUUUACAAAACCUCCAUCUUCUCAAUCUAGUACUGUUUUCAUUAUCAAACA